AUGUCUAAGGAAGCUGAGAUGUCGAUAGCUGUGUCGGCUUUGUUCCCGGGGUUUAGAUUCUCUCCGACUGAUGUUGAACUUAUCUCUUACUAUCUUCGUCGUAAGAUUGAUGGUGAUGAGAGAUCUGUUGCUGUGAUUGCUGAGGUUGAGAUUUACAAGUUCGAGCCGUGGGACUUGCCAGAGGAAUCGAAACUGAAAUCGGAGAACGAGUGGUUUUACUUCUGCGCGAGGGGGAGGAAGUAUCCGCACGGGUCACAAAGCCGUCGAGCUACACAGCUUGGAUAUUGGAAAGCUACUGGUAAAGAGAGGAGCGUGAAAUCAGGGAACCAAGUUGUUGGAACCAAGAGAACACUCGUUUUUCAUAUCGGUCGAGCUCCUCGCGGGGAGAGAACCGAGUGGAUUAUGCAUGAAUAUUGCAUCCAUGGCGCUCCACAGGACGCGUUAGUGGUAUGCCGAUUAAGGAAAAAUGCUGAUUUUCGAGCUAGUUCGAGUCAAAAGCAAAUGGAGUAUGGUGUUGUGCAAGAUGAUGGAUACGUUGGCCAAAGAGGUGGUGGUUCGGAGAAGGAGGAGAAAUCGCACUCGGUUUCCGAUUCUGAACUUCGGAUAUCGAAUGGUGACAUCGCGGAGUCAUCAAAUGUUGUUGAGGAUCAGGGCGAUACCGAUGAUGAUUGUUACGCCGAGAUUUUGAACGAUGAUAUAAUAAAACUCGACGAAGAGGCAUUGAAAGCUAGCCAAGCAUUUCGACCAACUAAUCCUACUCAACAAGAAUCAAUACUCAGUGAAGCAUCGAGUCACAGGUCAAAAUGUGGUAUAAAGAAAGAAUCAAAAGACACGAAUUGUUACGCUUUGUUCAGGAUCAAGAACGUCCCCGGCACUGACUCCAGCUGGAGAUUCCCGAACCCGUUCCACAUCAAGAAAGAUGAUAGCCAGAGACUGAUGAAGAAUGUUUUGGCCACUACUGUUUUCUUGGCCAUCUUGUUUUCUUUCUUUUGGACAAUCUUAAUAGCUAGGAACUCUAGUUAGUCUCGUCAUUACAUGACAUGUUGUCCACUUCUGAGUUUUGUAACUCGCACUUUAUUACUAGUUGUACUAUGAAAUACUAAUAUAUUGAUAGUGUAACUCCACGUGUUUUGUAA